AGUUGAGACGUUUUGGCGCGCCCUGUUUGUCAAGGGUCUGCUGCCAGUUUCCGACAGUGCGUAGCAUCGAGGGGAUUUCGAGUCAUGUUGAAGAGACUCACAGGAGCCAAAGGCCCUCCAAGCACAGAGGCCGUACCAUCGUCCACAGGGAGCCCUAUGGCCCACCUGAGGUUGCCCAUCUCGAGCGUAUCGGACAGUACCUCUGCCUUCGGUCCUCCACAAGAGGGGCGGGCUCAAGGUGUGACCAGCAGUAUUCCCAUCAUAGACUUGGACCACGACGAGGACAUGGUGGAGGAGGAGACUGCCACUGGCGUCGUCGACCCACAGCGACGUGGCUGGGUGGCCAGUCUGGUGAACAUUAUUUCUCUACGACGGUCCAGGACUGACGCUACUGCCCUCGGAGGCGAUCAGCAGGCUCGAAGGGACCCGCCACGGCCACCGAGCUGUUGGAAAUGCACCGUCGACUUCAGUUUUACCAACAGGGCCAGGGUGUGCCCGAUGUGUGGCCACCAGUUCUGUAAGGCGUGCUUAGCUGAGGCCGCCGCCGAGAUGCCACUCAUCCCCGCUGACCUGCAAGAUAGUGUCAUGCGUGCUAACCGUCUGUCCGCUGACCCCGACUGGACUACCUUGGAAGAUGUACAGCAACUAGAGCAUGAGAAUAGGGACGACCCAGAGGUGCUCGACCACCCUGUUGAUGAGGACGACGAUCUUGGAUUAGACACACGGGACUCGGCCACUCGAGAGGAGGUCCGGAAGGGCCUCAACAAGUUGAAUGGGACUCUGUGCCAUACCUGCCUCAGUGAAGCCGCCAGAGAUCUACUGCUAGACCGGGUGAAAGCACGGCAGGAGAGGAUACAACUGUACCUCGCCGGUCGACUAACAGCGUUCAAGUCGACUCCAGAGAGCAACGUCGCUAUGGUCUACAGACUGGGUGGCAAUUUCCUCCAAGCCUUGAGGGCGGCCUCAUCAGUCCUCCCGAUGGGAGCUUUUGCCAAGUAUAUCUCGGGUGCAUACUACCUUUUCCGGUAUGGCCCUCUGUGCAUUUAUGGUAGCGACAUACUGGAAGCCAUAGGCAUGCUUUCCAAGCUCACUAGUAGUGCUGGCAUUCGCUCGAGAUGGACGGCCAACACAGCUGAUGUCGCCGCGGCCAUGUGA